CUGUGCGGCUUGACAGGGCAAUGUUGAGAUUCACGGUCAGGUCAUGCUGGUUAUAACUUAUUUAUGACACUCUGCAUCUCUUACUUGUUGCCCUCAAUGAUAUACUUAGUUGGACGGUUGUGAUCGGAUACAUUGUCUGUGUGAAGAAUUUUGAAUCUAGAAGUUUUGGUAGACUAAUAAAAAGUCAACAGCUAGCCAAGUCAGUGUCAGAAAGUUUCACUGCCCUUAGCUGUCAUAUGGCUAGCACAGAUAAGGACGAGUAACAGAAUAUUGACCCAGUUUAGAAAAGAGUGAACUAACUCUGUUGUUGGUUCUAUCUGAGACCUUUCAGUGACCGAGUAUGGCUGCAUUUGGCAGACAUUUGGCAACUCUCUGUAGUUCAUCUGGUGGUCGGCACAAACAGCUUCUUGGUGGCUUGCGCUGUGUAUGGCUCCCAGCUGGGAAAGGCAUUCAGACAAGUUCGGCUGUGAACACAUAUGAUGUAAGGAAGAUUGAGUUGACACCCCUGGAGCAGAGGAAAUUGACGUUUGAUACACAUGCACUGGUGAAGGAACUGGAAAGUAAAGGGUUUGAGAAGGGACAGGCAGAAGUCAUAGUUGGCACACUGGUGACUCUCACCACAGCCAAUAUGGAUAUUGUUUACAGAGAUAUGGUGACCACAGCACAUCAGGAAAUAGCCCUUCAGCAGAUCAUGGCUCAUCUGGACUCCAUCCGGAAGGACAUGGUCAUCCUGGAGAAGAGUGAAUUUGCCAACCUGCGCUCGGAAAAUACGAAAAUGAAAGCAGAACUUGAACAAAUCAAGACCAGACUGCUGGAGGAGAGCCAGAAGCUCAGAGCUGACUCCAAGCUGGAUAUCAACUUGGAGCGAAGCAGACUGACAGACCUGUUUACAGAGCAGGAGAAGAAAAUCAUGGAGGUCAGCACAGAGUUUCAGAAGAGGAACUCUGACAUCGACCGUAGCACCAUGGAAACAACAAAGAAGAUCGACAUCGAGGUGGCAUCCCUCAAGACCCUGCUGGAGUCCCUCAAGUUGGACACCAUUCGCUACCUAGCCGGCUGUGUAUUUUCAUGCUUGGCUAUCACCCUGGGAUUCUACCGACUCUGGAAGUAACUUUGGUGCCACAGCUUCCCUUCACAAAACACAAAUACAGAAAUGUUUUAUUUGCUCAUUUGCACAUUUAAAUUGUGUAGUGUUUAUUGGAGGAAUGUGUAAAUAAUCUUUUUUAUCACCAUGUUUUAUUAGUCUGAUGCAGUUUUACUAUUAAAAGUCUAUGAGACCAUAA